CAUUCUGAAUUGAGAUGCAUGAUAUUUUGGCUCCCAAGACCUGCUUUGCUGGUAUUUUUACUUCUAAUCCAACUCGACUCCUUGACUCACAGGCUCAUGCUGGCAAAGGGAAUUUGCUUCAUUAAGCAAAGGAAGCAAAGGAAGUUCAUAAGUGUGUAAUAUGUCUGCAUGUUUGCCGGUGAAGGUGAUGUGGGUAAAACAGCUUAAGCAUUCUUGGACAGAAACACCUUUCUUGGUUUGUUCUUGCUUAGAAAGAAAACAAAAUCUCUCCUGAAGUUUGUAUAACAGUUUUAAUAUCAUUUACAUUUUAUCAAACAUAGAAUGCUGUUUGAGCGAUUCGUUUUUAUAAUUCUUAUCUGCACUAUUGUUUAUUUCUUAACGUGAGAUUCAUUUCUAUUCACUGAAUAUACUGAAAUUAAAGGUUGCAUUCUAUAAUAUUCACAAAUAUGAACAAAAUUAAUGUUUUCUCAUUCGAAACAAAUGUUCUGAAAUUUCAAACUCUUGGAGAGAUUCUAUAAGAUUAUCAAUGCAUAUCUGAGGUAAGCAUUUCUGUUUGAAUGUGAAUUUGUGGAUGACUCGUUUUUUUGCAUUGUAGAACAGAAGGGCUUUUGAAAGAGCAGAGGAUGCAAAAAGGACAGAGAGCAUGGAGGUCCAAAAAGCCAGAGGGGAAGUAGAGAUUAGACAACUUAAGCAGCGGAUCCAAGAGCAGGAAGUUUUGCUUACGGAAAGAGAAGCACAGGUGGAGAAGCUGGAAGUAGAACUAGAAACACAAAAGAAGACCAUCAAGGAUUUAAACGUUGAAAAGGCAAAGCUUGAGCAUGAUGUUAGUCAGUACCACACUAAAUUAGACAUAAUGAUUAAGGACAAAGCUGCAAUUGAGCAGGAAUUAAACCACACCAAACUUUUAAUGGAGCAAUCAGAAGCCACCUGGUCUCUGACUCAGAAGAAACCCGAGGAUCUCUUAAAGAAAGAAAAUGAUGCACAGAGACCCAGCCUGCACAAAAAUAUAAAUCCAGGAGAGGUACAUGUAGCAACAGCGCAGGAGUUUCACAUUGAAGUUCUGGCUAAAAGCAAUGAUCAGACUGUACAGCCUUUGGGUUUUGAGAGCCAGUCAGAAAUAGGCACCCAACUUGAGGGGUCUGCAGUUAGAAUCCAUGAUGUUUUGCAGCAGAAACUGGAUGAACUAUCUCAGGCCCAGAAAAAAGCAGAAAUUGCGGAGGAAACAGCUCAAAGCUAUAAAAAGCUUCUGGAUGACAGCAACAAUAGACUGAAGAAACUGCAGAUGGACAUGGAGAGUGAAAGGGUCCAGACAAGACAGAAAUCAGAGGACUUCCAUCAGGAAAUGCUGAACAUGAAAAAAUCAAUCUCUGAAUUUCAGGAAGAAAUCAGGUCCCUUCAGAGAGCAAAGUCCUCCUUGGAGCAAAACUCUUUUUUCCAAAACACUGAAGUAGAAGGCCUUAAAGAGCAGCUGAAGAUCACCCAAAUAGAGCUGCAGAAAAAAUCCUCCAUUGAGCAGGAGAACUCCUACAAGAUUAAUAACUUAGAGGAAGAGGUAGCUUCCAAGCAGGCAGCUAUAGAUCAGCUGAAAAUAAAAUGCAAUGAGUUGAUGAGGAUGAACGUCUCCUGCGACAGUGAUAUUCGAGGUCUUCAGAUCAAAACUGUGUCACUGGAAAAAGAAAAAUUGUUCACUGAACAAAAGAUAAAGUCUUUAAAAAGUGAGAUAGAGAGCUGGAAACAGCAGCUUCAAUCCUCGAAGGAUGAAAACAUUGCGGUGAAGAGAAUUGAGCAGGCGCUGCAGAUCAAAUGCAAAAACCUUGAGUCAGAACUUCAGAAGAGCGAAAUCGUUACAUGUCAACUGCAGAGGAAGGUCGAUGAACUGAAGCAGAUAAAUUUAGAAGUGGAGCAGAAUUUGAAGAAUGCGAAAGCCAAACUUGAUCAGGUGAUGAUGGAGAUCGAGAGCAAGGACCAGCAAAUUAAAAUUUUCAAGUCACAGGCAGAGAGUGCUAAAUCACAGGUCCGAAUUAUCGAGGAGGAGCUUAGCAAGAAAUCGCAGACCAUCUAUGAGCUUCAGAUAAAACUGCAAGAAUACAGUGAGGAAGCCAAGACCAACACUGAACUGCAGCAAAAAAUUAAAUCCCUUAAUGGAAAAAUUAUAAAUUAUGAGAAAGAAAUAACGAAUCUUAAAUCAGAGCUGAAAUCUAUGUUUGCUGAAAAAAAUUCAGUGAAUCAGAAAGUCCACAUGCAGAAAGCUGAAAUUAAUGACUUGAAUGAGAUGCUAAAGAAAAAAAAUGUGGAACUGCAAAAAGAAUCUGAUGAGAAUCAGAAACAUCUUAGUAAACUUAAAGCAUUGGAAGAUGAGUUUUUCAAGCACAAGCAAAGCUUUACUGGAAUAAACAACAGCUCUGAGAAAGUUAUGGAAAACCUAAAGCAAGAAAUUUAUGCACUUCAGCAUGACAAGGCAACAGCGGAAAGGAAGGUAGAGAGCCUGAAUGUUAAGCUUUCCGAGUUUAGCUCUGUUCUGCAAAAAACAAAAGAUGAACUGGCUAAAGAGAACAAAGAAAGAAAAUUAAAAGAAUCCAAAAUCAUUUUGCUGGAGACUGAGGUUCAGAAACACAAGCUAAAUAUCAAAGAACCUGUGUCCAGUUCUGAUAAUUUGCGAUCAAAUCUACAACGUGAAAACACAAUCUUGAAGAGGGAGAAAUCUGAAGCAUUCGAAAAAAACAUCUCCUUGGGAACCGAACUCAGAAUGCUAAAAGGCAAGUUGCAACGCACCCAAACGGAUGCUGAGAAAAAGCAAAGAGAAAACUCUGCUCUUCAGCUGAGGUCCCAGCAGAUGGAGGAACAACUGGAGAAAUGUAAGAAGAUGCUGGAAGAGCUAAAGGGUAAACUUGAACUCCAGAAAGAGGGCUAUGAGAGGCAGUUGUCGCUUAUGCAGGUGGAAAUUGAGAAGAAAAUGAUUUUGCGGCAGUCUGAAAUCGCAAAAGAAGGCCAGGUGUCACAAAGCGGAGAAUUAGCAGAAAAGCUCAACAAGUAUUUCAAGCAAGAUGUAAAACUGAUUAAACCUUUGCAGCACACCACAGAGGAAUCAAAGCAGCAAAUAGACAAAGAGCUUCAAAUUAAAAUGGAGAAAAUGGACCAAGAAAGAACAAAGCUUGGGCAAGACUUGUGGAAAGCAAAGUCUGAAAUUACUCAACUUGAGGAGGAUAAACUGAAACUCACCUCUAAAAUUAGUGCUCUGCAAAGCCUUUGCAAUCAACAGUCAAUUGACAGAACAAAGUUUGAACAAAGUCUGGUAGAUGUUGAGCGCAAACUGAAAUUGAAAGAAAAUGAAGCAAGAGCCCUUCGAGAACAAAUAGAGCUGUACAUCAGAGAGGUAAAAAGUCUUCAGAAAACUCUGUCCACACUGGGAGGAGAGGUGACGGAAACCAUUCGUCCAAAUGUGGCAAAUACCAAAGCUGAUCUGUUGAAGGCAGAUGUUCCCAUGGAGAAGGGUGCAAAGAGCAGAAUGGAAGAUGAAACUCUCAAUAUAAAAGAGAUGGAGAAGAUGAAGAGAGAAAACAUUCUUGAAGAAAUUAAGCAAGUCAAGGAAGUCGGCUCUUUUUAUGAAACUCCCAGCAUUCAACCAAAAGAUCUGCAGCACAUCACUCACAAGAGUAAAAUUACAUCGGGUCUUCCAAGCUCAAUCAAAGUGCAUGGAUACAUGGCUCUGUGUGGACUUACAGACCCAAGGCAGAAUGAAACUAACACCAGUAAAACAAGAACAUAUCAAAUCAGAGAAAUUCAUGAAACCGUAAACACACCUGGAAAGAGUUCAGGAAAUUCUAGUGGAACACUGGGUGUGGCAACUUCCCAGAAGCACCAGGAGAUAAUUGGGAGGUCCGACAUUCAACAGUGGAUCAAACAUAAGCUCCUGGAUGAGGGGGUUUUACGAAGGUUGGAGAUGGGCCUCCUUACCAUUGAACAAGUUCAAGCAUCGCUCAUUCAGCAGUAUGAUAAACCUGCUACAGUAGCUGGAGUUUAUGUAGAGUCGAGUAAGAAAAAGAUAUCUUUCCUAGAAGCUGCUGAAAAGGGCUUUCUCGCAAAGACAUAUGCUCUUGAGUUCCUCGAGGCUCAGGCUGCAACAGGCAGUCUUGUAGAUCUAGCUACAGGAGCAACAGUCUCUGUUGCAGAGGCACUGGAGAGAGGCAUCGUAGAUCUAAGCAUGAAAGAGAAACUGACGGAGGCAGAGAAAGCUGUUAGUGGCUACAACUUUAAGGGCAGAAAACUUUCUGUCUUUCAGGCAAUGGAGGAGAGAAUUCUAGAUAGAUAUAAAGGCAAGAGGAUACUUGAGGUCCUGGUUACUGCAGGAGGAUUAAUAAACCCAGAAACAGGCAAAAGAGUGCCGACUUUUCUUGCAUUGAAUGAGGGUCUAUUGAACAAAGAGACUUUGCAGAGUCUGUAUGAUCCAGUGAGCAACCCAAAAGGUUUUCAUAGCCCUGACACUGGACAGAAGGCAUACUACAGUGAAAUACUCAAGACUUGCUUAUAUGACAUCAACGGCAGUGUGUUUCUUGUCCCGUUUGUGGAAAGACACCUAACAAACACAUCCCCUAUGAGUCCUCAUAGAAUGUCAGUCGUCAACAGCAGCUGUGGAUUGGAAAUGUCAGUGUAUGAAGCCUUCAAGGGGAAACACAUCAACAAGAAGACGUAUCUGUUCCUGUCCCAGCAGGAAAGUAACUGGCAGGAAGACUCUCUGAUUGACCCAAGUGGAAAACCAUGUCACUUCAUCACUGAUGCCAGAAGUGGCCGACAGCUUUGCCUAGAAUCGGCUUUAAGUCACAGAUUUCUUGAAAUGUCUGAGUUUGAAAGCUAUCGCAAUGGACUUCUAAGCAUCUAUGAGAUUGCAGACAUCAUAUUUUCAAGAUGGGUUGUUGUGGAAGAUGUUAACAGCACCAUUGCUGGUCUCUGGGACAUCACUCGGAAGAAGAGGCUCUCAGUCCUUCAGGGCCUCCAGCAGGGCUUUAUCGACAGGGUGACAGCCUUACGACUGUUAGAGUCCCAGGCCUGCACCGGAGGAAUUUGCGACCCUUCAUCUGGGGAGAAACACACCCUCGCUGAUGCUCUAAAAAUAGGUCUUUUAGACGGGUCUCUAAAACAGCAGCUCCAGCGGUUCGAGGAGGCAUUCAGUGGCAUUACCCACCCUCAGACUAGGAAGGUUUUGUCAGUUUUGCAGGCUGUUCAGGAAAACCUUUUCCCAAAGGAUGUGGGUUUCCGCUGCAUUGAAUUCCAGCUUUUGACUGGCGGAAUGAUUAAUCCUGACACGAAGGACAGAGUCUGUCUUGAAGAAGUGAUUCAAAGCAGUUUUGUCGACAAAGUUACAGCAACUCUACUCAAAGAUGAGAAGUUCCAAACUCAAAGCCUCACCUGUCCCAAGACAAAGAGACGAAUAACAUUCAGAGAGGCACUGGAAAGAAGUGCGUUUGACUGCCACACUGGUUUUAGGUUACUGGAGGCUACAAAGGUUCAUGCAUUUGGAGCCAAAACAACAUUCCAUUAUCUUUGUGCAUUUAAGUAAACAUCUGUAAAUAUAUAAAGAUGUGACUUUGCUAUGUUUUCCAUAUUUUAUUUCUGUGUUUGAUGUAGCUGACUUUUUUUUGGCCAAAUUAUAGACAGAUUAUUUUCUUAUCUUAAGCAGAAAAGUUAACAGUUCUGUUGAACGUUUGCCUGUUUUAAUUGUAGAGGUCUAUUGAUGAGGAGAAGCGAGAACACGGUGAUAAAGUUAGCAAA